CAUAUGGAUGCGGCAAGUGUUGAUAUUAGCCCGAUAAUGAUGGACAGAACAACCUCCAUCGUUCUGGAGACAUUGACAUGGUCGGCAGACGGGACGUCGGCGUGGUGCUGAUGCUGCAAGUCUCCCCUGCUUGGGAGGGGCAUGACGUCACGGGAAAGACCGGGAGGAAGAAGCAAUUGGGGAGUAAAGAAUAGGGGGGAGAAGAAGGGACGGAGGAUAUAGCGGGGGUCAUAAGAAGAAAUAACAUGAAUCCCGCACUUCACCGUACAUUAUUAUACAUCAUUACUAAUGCUAUGGUUUGUCUGUACAAUGUAUUGCGACCAUAAAUGACGAGCAAAUCGAUAAGCCAACGUUUUGAGUGCUGCGGACAGCUGGGUUGAGAAUGAUGUCAUCACCAGGCAUGGGUACCCCCAGUGACCCCCUCUUGUCUAGCCCUUUGGGGAGGUCAAGUGCGGCUCAUGAAUGUAGCAUAUGGAAGAGCACACUCCCCAAAACGGCUAGCUUCCCCACGUCCACCACGCGCCACCUCAGUCACCGUGCCAACAACUUCCAAAGACACCCGAAGCAUCGCAAACUGAUCCGACCGUCGCCCCCCCCGCCGCCCAACACGCCCUGUCCUCUGGGCCAGCUGGACCUCAGUGAGAUCCCGCCGAGACGCACGUUCCCAGAGUUGGUCUUCAACGGCUGCGUACUGUUUGGCAUCGAGUUCAGCUACGCCAUGGAAACGGCAUACGUCACCCCGGUGCUUCUUCAGAUGGGUCUGCCCGACCAGUUCUACAGCCUGGUGUGGUUCAUAAGUCCCAUACUUGGCUUCCUGGUUCAGCCUUUCUUAGGAGCCUGGAGUGAUCGCUGUACAUCCCGGUUUGGUCGGAGGAGGCCAUUCAUUUUUGCGUUGGCGAUAGGUGCUCUGCUGGGUUUAACUCUGGUUCUUAAUGGGCGAGACAUUGGCAGUGCAUUGGCCGACACAGCAACCAAUCACAAGUGGGGUAUCAUCCUGACAAUCUGCGGUGUUGUGCUGAUGGACUUCAGUGCAGACUCUGCAGACAACCCCAGUCAUGCCUACAUGAUGGACGUGUGCAGCCCGGAAGACCAGGAUCGGGGUCUGAACAUCCAUGCAUUGCUGGCAGGACUGGGAGGCGGGUUUGGAUACAUCGUGGGGGGGAUCAACUGGGACAACACAGAGUUCGGAAGAUCAAUGGGAGGGCAGCUUCGGGUCGUGUACCUUUUUACCAGUGUUACCCUAGUCGUCGCCACUGUGAUGACCCUGAACAGUAUUCCAGAACGGCCGCUGCCAAAGAACCAGGGCUCCUCCGGUAAAAGCCAUCUGAAGAGCCCCAGCCUCGCUCUCCCCCCCUCUCCCCCUGUCGCCCCUGGGGCAAUGCCUGGGCUGGAGGAGGAGGACGAUGAGGGGGGACUUUACGGCUACCAGUACACAGAGCAUUUUACCCGCCACCGCGAACCCUUGGGUCAGUCUAGCAGUGCCAGCGCGCGCCUCUGCGAAGGCCUCGCCAGCCCCAUUUCCCCCAUGAGCCCCCUCACGCCCAAAUACGGCAGCUUCAUAAGCAGGGACGGCUCCCUCACAGGCAUCAACGAGUUUGCCUCCUCCCUGGGAACCUCCUAUAUCGACAGUGUGCUCAUAGACUGCUACGUAGGCCAGCAGAGCCCACAGCCCGUGGACAGUGACGCAACAGCCCGGCCUUUGGCUCCGGGGGACUCACCCCAUCCUCAGGUGACUGCGGGCCAGCUCGAGUCAAAUGCUGGAGGGGGGACUAAACCCCCCAUCGAGGCCAACCCAGCCGCCCUUCUUACCCAGCAUGCAGUGGGACCUCCGACAGGAGAGGAAGCUGCAGGCGCCCCUCAGGGUGCGGCUGGAUCGCAUCGAGGCUCAAGUGCUGGCAUCCUGAAGCGUCCCCAGAGCCUUGCACUAAUGAGUGAUCUCAUGGAAACGGAAGUUGUCGGUGUGGAGAACGGUCGCAGGAGGACAGUGACAUUCAGCCAGCAGGUAGCAAAUAUAUUGCUAAAUGGGGUGCGCUAUGAAAGUGACCUGGGUGAGAAUGCGCAAGCCCAAUCCCAGAUGUCAAUUAAGCUGUUGUGUGUGGCCAUCUACAGGAUGCCCCCCUCUCUGCGGAGCUUAUGCACCAAUCACUUUUUGGGCUGGCUGUCUUUCGAAGGCAUGCUGCUGUUCUACACUGACUUCAUGGGGGAGGUGGUGUUUGAGGGUGACCCCAAAGCCCCCCAUGACUCUGAGGCCUACCAGCGUUACAACGCCGGUGUCAGCAUGGGCUGCUGGGGAAUGUGCAUCUAUGCUUUUAGUGCAGCCUUUUACUCAGCCAUACUGGAGAAGCUGGAGGAGCGCUUCUCCCUCCGAUCUCUGUAUUUCUUUGCCUACCUGGCAUUUGGUCUGGGCACGGGCCUGGCCACGCUGUCCACCAACCUCUAUGUGAUCCUCUCUUUGUGUGUCACAUACGGGGUGCUGUUCUCCUCUCUAUGCACGCUGCCUUACUCUCUGCUGUGUGAAUACUACCAGAGUCCCCAGUUUUGUGGCUCGUCUGAGGAUGGGACCAGACGAGGAAAGGGGGUGGACAUCUCUCUGCUCAGCUGCCAGUAUUUCCUGGCUCAGAUCCUGGUCUCGGUGGCGAUGGGACCGCUGACCACGCUGGUGGGCGGGGCCCAGGGGGUGAUGUACUUUUCAAGCCUGAUGUCAUUCGUGGGGUGUCUCUAUUCCUCACUCUUCGUGGUGUAUCAUCUGCCCCCACCUGAGGGUGAGCCCCCCGAAAGCGAGACCCAGCCUCUCCUGGUGCACAUUUAGAAAUUAGUGCAAGCUACACAAAUUAUUUUUCACACUUUUGAUGCUUAAUGUAUCUUUUGACACAGCACUUAUAGUCUUCACACGCUGCCACACACUGUACAGCACCAUUACUUCAUGUUGAUUUUUUCACUUCACAGGGCUGCUCAACUCAGAGACAGACAGACAGACAGACAGACAGACAGACAGACAGACAGACAGACAGACAUACAUUGGCCAAUUCAGUAUUUCUAUACAUGAAUGAUGUCCUUCCUAUAGUGUGUGCCCUUGCAUUUCUUUAUCCUAAAGUCUCACUGACUGCAGAAUGUACGAAUAGGAUAGUAUUUUGUGUGUGCGUGCAUGUGUGCGUUUAUGUGUGCGCGUUUGUGUGUUCUGCCUGUAUAAUUCUUGUGUGAUUGUUGUCUGAUUUCAAACUGCUAAACCUUUCAUCUUACCUUACUUGUUUCUGUUUAAGAUAGAAAUGAUAGUCGCACUUAACAAAAGCAUUUCCCUCUUUCCUUCUAUUAUUAUUUGCCAAAUGUCUGCAUGAGCUAAAUUAUGCUUUCUCUAGGCCAAUUUAAUUGGUCACAUGGCCAAGAGAAUGUCUAACUGCCUGUUUCUCUGAGCAUAUAUUAGCAUAUAGCAUUCACAUUAUUUAGUGACAGAAUGUGCUACCAAAUUCAAACCAAUAUUUGAAGCCCAGAGUAUGACAUGGAAAAUGACAAGUUGUGUUUAAGAAAUUUGGCAUUAUGUUGCAAACACAUGUGAUAUUUUGACACAGGCUCAUAGAACACAAGACUUUAGUAUUUUUUUUUUUUACAUUCUUAUGGAUAUACAUUUUUGCUGGUGUACUCUUAUUCGAGUCCUCAGCAGGGCUCUGAUGUCAUUUACGUAAUUAACGGACUAAAGCCAUGAUGAUAGUAUUAAAACACACAAAACAAUGAAAAACACUCAGACUUGUGCAGUGCUGGUUACAAGUCUCUGGGGCCCUCACAAUAGCCACGGGAAGCACUGUGAGCUGCCCCUCUGCGGCGGGCCGUAGCGUUGUAAUGACAGAGUGAUUCUUGUCAUUAUCAGGUAGUGAAGUUGAAACUGGGGUGUGAAUCAGCAUACAGUUGGAACCAAACAGAGGAACCACAAAACUGAUUUGUUGCACUGAAGUUCACAGAAGAUUCACGUGAACAAUCGUUAACCCGGACGUUGGACGACGAAGAAAAGGGACUUUGGGGGGGUGGGGUCACGUUCUCAGCUGCAAGUGCUUAAUCUGGCCAUAAGUGCAUGCUGUAGGUUAUAGGAUUGUUACUUCACAACACCAAAUGAGGCUUCUUCACAAAAAGUAUCAGAGAUUAAUACUAUCUGAUAGUCCCAUCUUUCUCUGGGUGCUGAUUACAACAUCGGAGGGAAAUAGCUCAUCAAAUGAAAUAAGUUUCCACCUCAUUGCUUCAACACUGUAAUUACAUAUUUGCACAGUGGCUUAAUGUAACUGAAACAUCAGUUUCUUGUUUUCACGUUAGUCCUUCACGUUGAGCACCUACCUUUCCCAUGCCAGUCACCCCAGACUGAGGAAGCCUUUGCAGACCACGACCUGAAGAACUGUUUGGGCACAUGGCCCACAUACCCCGUUUCUAUGGAAACUAAUAAAGUGUUUUUGCUUGCUUAUUUAAGCAUAUGAA